ACCAGAGCAAGUUGCCUCUUUCCUGCAGCUACUUGCCUCAACUAUUUUUAAGAACUCUGGAAGAAACUUCAAAAUAUAUUUCUAAAUAUUUGAACUAUUUUUCAGCUCAGUGGCAGAUGACAGCCAAAGAACAACUACAAUAUACAAUGCAUCAAACUCGACAACAUAUGGACAUACCAGUACAUGUAUAUGCAGCACACAACAGGGGGAUCCAGAAUCAGGAAGCAUAUGGACAUGUGCAACAGUUAACAGGAACAGCUGGACAGCAAUUAACAGGAACAGCUGGACAGCGGUUAACAGGAACAGCUGGACAGCGGUUAACAGGAACAGCUGGACAGCAGUUAACAGGAACAGCUGGACAGCAGUUAACAGGAACAGCUGGACAGCGGUUAACAGGAACAGCUGGACAGCAGUUAACAGGAACAGCUGGACAGCAGUUAACAGGAACAGCUGGACAGCAGUUAACAGGAACAGCUGGACAGCAGUUAACAGGAACAUUUAAAUCAAAUAAACAGGCUAUGAACUCAAGUCCACAUCGUACAUGCGAGUAUUGUCAAAAAGUAUUCAGAGCUGGCCGUGAUUAUCUAAGACAUGUAAGGAUCCAUACUGGAGAAAAGCCAUACAAAUGUCCAAUGUGUCUCAAACAGUUCAGACAACCUGAACAUUUGAAGGGUCAUAUAAAGAGACACCAAAAACCAUUGUUGAAGUAAUUAUUGCUAUAAUAAUCCACUAUUGUAUGUUUGAGGAUACAUACUGGAGAGAAGCCAUGCUAGAGAAAACCAUACAAAUGUCAAAUGUGUCUUAAACAAUUCAGACAACCUGAACAUUUGAGGAGUCAUAUGAAGAGACAACAAAAACCAUUGUUGAAGUAAUUAUUGCUUUAAUAAUCCACUAUUGUAUGUUUGAGGAUACAUACUGGAGAGAAGCCAUACUAGAGAAAACCAUACAAAUGUCAAAUGUGUCUUAAACAAUUCAGACAACCUGAACAUUUGAGGAGUCAUAUGAAGAGGCACCAAAAAAGAUUGUAGAAGUGUUCAUUGCUAUAAUUAUUCACUAUUGUAUGUUUGAGAACCCACACAGGAGAGGAUCCAUAUUAGAGAAAACCAUACAAAUGUCAAAUGUGUCUUAAGCAAUUCAGACAACCUGAACAUUUGAAGGGUCAUAUAAAGAGACAACAAAAACCAUUGUUGAAGUAAAUAUUGCUAUAAUAAUCCACUAUUGUAUGUUUGAGGAUCCAUACUGGAGAGAAGCCAUACAAUUGUCUAGUGUGUCCUAAGACAUUCAGGCAAUGUGAACUUUUGAAGAAACAUAUGAAGAGAUACCAAAAACAUUGUAGAAGUAAUAGUCACUAUGAUAAUUCACUAUUGUAUGUUUGAGGAUCCAUACUGGAGAGGAUCCACACUGGAGACAAGACAUACAAAUGUCUAAUGUGUGUUAAGACAUUCGGGCAAUGUGAAAUUUGGAAGGGUCAUAUGAAGAUACACUAAAAAAAGUUGUAGGAGUAAUAAUCACUAUGAUUAUUCUCUAUUGUAUGCUUAAAAGUGUGUCAGAUAUUAAGUGUGCAUUGCUUGCAGCCAGACAAUAUAACAAUGUAAAUAAAAAUAUAUACUAGUAAAUAAAUUACAAAUUCAAAGAAUAAUGGAAAGGUUUAUCCAGACGUGUCAUGGGCACAGCCAGGCAUGAGCCAGGCAAGGCUGUGCUUCGCCAAAAUUUAAAUGAAAAAUAUUUAUUCAAACGUUUUUUUUUCAAUGAAAAUGUGGAAAUGAAGUAGGGAGUAGUGUUAUCUCCUUUAGCCUUAAUUUGCCUUGCCUUUUUGAUCCUGGCUACGUCACUGCAUGUGUCAAAGG